CAACAAUUGGUGGUAAAAGACAGUAUUAACAAGGUCAUUCUUUGAUUGUUUGUUUUAAUUUUAAACCAUUUUCCGUGUUUAAAUAUCCAACAGACUAAAUUAAUUGAUAUUUUGCUCAUUGUUCGCCCUGUCAUUCAGCAACCUCACCAAGGUGACUAAAGUGUCAUAAUCUUUCAAUAUUUCCUUCGUCAGUUUGUUAUUCAGUCUUUUUGCCAAUUACGAUUUAACCUUUCAUCAAUACUCAGUUUCAAUCUAGAUCAACCAGACUCAACAAGGAAUUGUCUAGUAAAUAAAGCAAAAUAAUUUCUCAUUAAUUGCGGAUUCUCAAGUUUAAAAAUCAUUUCAAUACUUUGAUCUUUUUCAACAAAAACAUUACAAUUUAAUGCUAACUGCUUGGUAUCUUCUGAGUCUCCUUAAAAAUUAAAGAUGCCUGCUAAAGUCAAUGGUUUGAGUCUUAUCAAAUUCCGUGGAGAAUCAGCUAAACACCUAGCAUUUCUUGGAGCUCUAUCAUCAGCUGUUGUUGCCGUCCUUGUUUAUAUGAAAUGGCCUCGAUGUUUAUUUAAGAGCAACAUGGUCGACGCAGCUACCCUUGAGAAGCUUGAAGCUGGUUUCAAGAAACUUCAAGAUGCUAAGGAUUGUAAAUCCCUUCUUAAAAAAUAUCUCACCAAAGAAGUUUUUGAUGCUCUAAAGACCAGGAAAACUGCCAUGGGAGCAACCUUACUUGAUAUUAUUCAAUCAGGAGUUGAAAAUUUGGACAGUGGAAUUGGUAUCUAUGCUCCAGAUGCCGAGUCUUACACUCUUUUCAAGGAAUUAUUCGAUCCAAUCAUUGAGGAUUACCAUGGUGGAUUCAAACCAACUGACAAACAUCCAGCAUCUGAUUGGGGUGAUAUUAAUACUUUGGUUGAUUUAGAUCCUGCAGGCAAAUAUGUUGUUUCAACUCGAGUUCGAUGUGGUCGUAGCCUUCAGGGUUACCCUUUCAAUCCUUGUCUUACUGAGGCUCAAUACAAAGAAAUGGAAGCAAAAGUUAGCUCAAUCUUAAAAGGAAUGGAAGGUGAUCUUAAAGGAACCUACUACCCAUUAACUGGUAUGGGCAAAGAGACCCAGCAACAGCUUAUUGAUGAUCAUUUCCUUUUCAAGGAAGGAGAUAGAUUCUUGCAAGCAGCUAACGCCUGUCGAUAUUGGCCAAGCGGAAGAGGUAUUUUCCAUAAUGAUGCUAAGAGUUUCUUGGUUUGGGUUAAUGAAGAGGAUCAUCUUCGCAUCAUCAGUAUGCAAAAAGGAGCUGAUCUUAAAACCAUCUUUGAUAGACUCAUCAGAGGUGUCAAGACUAUUGAGUCAAAUAUGCCAUUCAGCAGAGAUGACCGAGUUGGCUACUUAACCUUCUGUCCAACUAAUCUUGGAACCACAAUUAGAGCAAGUGUUCACAUCGCUUUACCUAAACUUGCUGCUGACAAGAAGAAGCUUGAUGAGAUUGCAGCUAAAUUCAAUUUACAAGUUCGAGGUACUCGAGGUGAACACACUGAAUCUGAAGGUGGUGUUUAUGACAUUUCAAACAAGAGACGAUUAGGAUUGACUGAAUACCAGGCUGUCAAGGAGAUGCAAGAUGGUAUUCUCGAGAUGAUCAAGAUUGAGGAAUCAAUGUAAUCAACUACAAAGUCACUUUCAUCAGACCUUAUUCAUUUAUGGUUCAUCAGAUAGGAUGGUUAACUCUCUCAGACUGACCUCAUGAACCAUAAUUUACUUCCGCUUUUUCGUUGAUUGUUCUAGGGCAAAAUCUUACCUAAAGGAAAUUCAAGUGGAGUUAAGUCUAGAUAUAAUAAGUAAUUAGUCAAAAGUAUCGAUAUAAAUAAGUUAAUAUCAUCAUCACCAGCUCAUAAUCAACUGCGCUUUUCUCUUCAACUCUAUUCUUUAAAGAAAAGAGCUAAAGAGCCAAUUUCUUGCCUUUAAAAUCAUCAAGCCACAUCAAAUACUUCUCAAAUUUCACAUCUUUAAAUUGGAAUCUGACAAAGAUACAAAACACAUGAAAAAUUAACCUUAAUCUAAUCACAAAACUUUCAAGAACAUACGGAAAGGUCAACUUACCUUAAAAUAUUAUUUCUCCGGUUGAUGUUAUUUUUUGUUGAAUUUUAUUUUACUUUUAGCCACCAAAUGAUUCAAAAAAUCAUGGCUGUUUCAUUUCCAUAGACAAUAUUGUUUAAGUUGUUGAGUUGUUGUUGCUGUUGAUGUUAUCCUUGAUUCGUUUCCAUCCAGUUGAUUUAAUUAUUAAAACCACUGUUAACUUCUUAUGUUAUCUGUUGAAACAAAUGAACUGGUUAAUCCUAAUUGAACUAUCAAUAAAUUAUUUAAAGUUAUGAUCAUUUCAAAAA